GUGAGAGAUAAAGAAAGAGAGAAAGAGAUGGGAGAGAUUGGGUUUACAGAGAAGCAAGAAGCUUUGGUGAAGGAAUCGUGGGAGAUACUGAAACAAGACAUCCCCAAAUACAGCCUUCACUUCUUCUCACAGAUAUUGGAGAUAGCACCAGCAGCAAAGGGCUUGUUCUCUUUCCUAAGAGACUCAGAUGAAGUCCCUCACAACAAUCCUAAACUCAAAGCUCAUGCUGUUAAAGUCUUCAAGAUGACAUGUGAAACAGCUAUACAGCUGAGGGAGAAAGGAAAGGUAGUAGUGGCUGACACAACCCUCCAAUACUUGGGCUCAAUUCAUCUCAAAAGCGGCGUUAUUGACCCUCACUUCGAGGUGGUGAAAGAAGCUUUGCUAAGGACAUUGAAAGAGGGGUUGGGGGAGAAAUACAAUGAAGAAGUUGAAGGAGCUUGGUCUCAAGCUUAUGAUCACUUGGCUUUAGCCAUUAAGACCGAGAUGAAACAAGAAGAUCAGUCAUAAAACCCUAGAUCAUUUGGGUAUCACAUUCAUGAAUCUAUUACACAUACAUGAUACACAUAUACAUGUUUCUUUGUGUGUACUAUGUUAAUCUUUGAUUUUCUACAAUUCACUGCUUUUGAAGAAGGAUCUUGUGUUGUGCUAUCAUUAUUCAUUAGGGAGAUACAUGAUACUGUAGUUUUUCUUGAAUUGGUUAUUGUGAGAAAUAUCAUGGUUUGAAGUAUUUAUUUUCACAAGAUGGAUGUUAAUUAACGUGGGGAUCGGAUCAUUUUAUAGUCACUCAAACUAAUAAUUUGACUUCCCUAGACAUAGAUAUUGGAUCUACUUCAGUUCAAUAAAUGUUAUUUUUUUAU